GGGGGGAUUGUGAGGGGACUGGGGGUAGUGGGAGUGAAUGGGGUAACUGGUCUUGCUGGGGCAACUGGUAUUACUGGAAGCAGUUACUGAUCUUACUGGGAUGUAUAACUGGUGUUACUGGGAGAGGCUACUGGUGUUACUGAUGUUACUGGGAUGUGUUACUGGGAUUGCUACUGAUGCUCAGAAGCACAGGUGUUACUGGGAUGUAUUACUGGUCUUACUGGAGGUGUUACUGGAGUUACUGGGAGGUGUUACUGUUAUUACUGGAAUGUGUAACAGAUUGCUGUGGUUACUGGGGUGUGUUACUGGGAUUACUGGGAUUGCUAGUUACUUGAGCUACUGCUGUUACUGGUGUCACUGGUGUGACUGGGAUGACUGCUGGCAAUGGCUGGAGGUGCUGUUGUGACAGGGGGUUACUGGUGUUACUGGUGUCACUGGUGUGACUGGGUUUUCUGGGGGGUUACUGGGUGUUACUAGGAGGUCACUAAGGGGUCACUGGGGUUUCCUUGGUGUUAUUGGGGGUCACUGGGGGGGUUACUGGCAGUAACUGGGGUUACUGGGAGGCACUGUGGGUUGAAGUGUCCGUGUGUUUCUGUGUCCCUGUGGGUGUCCCUCGAUGUCCCUAGGUGGAUGUCCCCCCACAGGUGUCCCUGUGUCCCCCAUGUCCCAAUAGCUGUCCCUGUGUCCCCCUCGGUGUCCCUAGGGGUGUCCUCCCCACGAUGUCCGUGUCCCCUUGUGAUGGUCCCCCAGGUGUCCCUGUGUCUCCUGGGUGUCCCCUUCUGGUGUCCAAGUGUCCCUGUGAAUGUCCCCGGGGGGGUCCCUGUGUCCCUUGGGUGGCCCCACAGCUGUCCCUGUGUCCCUUACUGAUGUCUAGGUGUCCCCAGAAGUGUCCCCUGCAUCCCCUCGCCAUGUCCCUGUGUGCCCUGGGUGUUUCCCGUGUCACCCCACAAUGUCCAUGGCCCCCCCACUGUGGGUGUCCCCGGGUGUCCUCCAAGUGUCCCCGUGUCUGCCUGUGUCCCCUGGGUGCCCCUAUGGCUGUCCCAUGGAUGUCCCUGUCCCCACUAUGUGUCCCCCUAUGUCCCCCCAGUGCCCCCACACUUGUCCCCAUUCCCCUGUGGUGUCCCAGUGGGUGUUCCCCAGGUGUCCUCCAGUGUCCCCAUGCCCCAUGUCCCCCUGUCAUGUCCCCCCAUGGGUGUCCCCUGGGUAUCCCUGUGGUGUUCCUUUGUCCCCUGUGAGUCCUCCCCAGGUGUCCCCUUAUGUCCCUAGGUUUCACUCCGGUGUCCUCAUAUCCUCUUGUUUCCCCAGUGUCCCCACCACCCGUAUCCCCUGUGUCCCUCUGGGUGUCCCUCUAGUGUCCCCAUGUCCCCCCGUGAGUGUCCCUGUGUCCCCACGAAUGCCCCUGUCCCCCCCGGGUGUACCCCCAUGUCCCCACUUCUCCCCGAGUGUCCCCAAUGUCCCCAGUGUGUCCCCAUCUCCCCCCGUGGGUGCCCCCCGGUUCUCCCAGUUGUCCCCCCCAGUGUUUCCCACCCCCUGUCCCCCUAUGUCCCCCCAGGACGAUGCCGGUGACCCUGGAGCUGCGGCUGCUGCUUCUGACGCUGGCACUACGGGGGGGGGUGGGCACCCCCCCUGUGUCCCCUCAGAUGUCCCCCCCGGUGGCCCCUCCCGAGGUCCCCCCCGAGUCAUGUGCGGCGGCGCUGGCGGCUGUGCUGGCGCGGCUGCGGGAGCUCGAGGGACACGUGCGGGCACUGAGGGGACACUGUGGGGACACGGGGGGGCCCCAGGCCGGGACAGGCCGGUCGGUUCAGCUCUGUGCCCCCCCCGCCGGGGGAGGCUGCGCCUGCCCCGCCCCCACGGCCGAGGCCCCGCCCCCCGCCCCGCCCCCGCCGUGCCCGCGGGGCUGCAGCGACCAGGGCCGGUGCGAGCGGGGCCGGUGCCGCUGCUUCCCGGGCUUCAGCGGCCCCGACUGCGGCACCCCCGCCUGUGCCCCCGGCUGGGGGGGCGUCCACUGCGACAUCGAGGUGCCCGCAGUGACACCACGGUUGGCCACCCGCACCUCGACAUCCCUGCGUGUCACCUGGCCCCGGCCCUCCCCCCCUCCCGACGGCUACCGGGUGACACUUGUUCCCCUGGAUGACCCCAUGGCCAUGACAACGCAUGAGCUGCCUGGCUCUGCUGUGGCCUUCUCAGUGACAGGGCUGUCCCCAGGCCGCCCCUUCGAGCUGCUGGUCCAGGCCCGGCGGGGGCCUCACCUGGGGGCAGCAGGAGUGCUGCGCCUGCGCACAGCACUUGUCCUGGCUGUGCCCUCCCAUGAGGGGUCCCCAGGGUCCCCUCAGGGCUCCCUGCGGUCCCCAGCAGUGGCACCAUCAGCCCGAGGGUCCCCAGGGUCACUGGGGUCCCCAGGGUCACCAGCAUCGCCUGCAUCACCACAUGUGUCCUUGGGUUCACAUGGGUCUUUGGGGUCACCAGCAUCCCCCCGGGUUCCGGCAUCCCCCGUAGGUCGAGGAUCCCUGGGAUCCCCGGCACCCCCAAGGUCACCAGUGUCACCAGAAUCACCAGUGUCACCAGAAUCCCCAGAAUCUCCAGUGUCUCCAGAAUUCCCAAGGUCCCCAGUGUCACCAGAUUUCCCAGUGUGGCCAGCAUCCCCAGAACGCCCGAGCUUCCCAGAGUCACCAGUGACCCCAGUGUCCCCAAGGUCACCUCCAACCCCACAGUCCCUGGGGUCUCCAGUGCCCCCAAAGUCCCCAUUAUCUUCAGAGUUCCCAGAAUCCCCGUGGUCCCAGCUGUCCCCAUGGUCCCCGCUGUCCCCGGGUAUCCCCUCCCUGCAGGAACUGGUGGCUCGGCUGUCCCCGUACAGUGGGUCCCUGCUCCAGCGCCUUGAGAGCCACCUUCGGGCCACCAACUUCCCACUACGGGGCAACCAGACAGUGCCGGCAGUGGCCCGCGCCAUCCUGGAAUAUGUCCUGCGCCGGCACGUGGCCCUCGGGAAGGGACAGGGACCCUCCUCCAAACCCCAAUGGGACGGAACACUCCUGGGGACCACAGGGGAGGGUGGGAAUCAGGAGCUGGUGCUGCAGUGGGGGGACAUGGAUGGGAUAGAGCUGAUGCAGCCAUGGAGGGACGUGGAGAAAACAGUUGCAGCCGAGGCAGAAGAGCUGCCCCCAUCCAAGCCAGUCCUGGGUGACCUCACUGUCACCAGUGUAACCCCCAGCUCUGUGGGGCUGCAGUGGAGCAUCCUCGAGGGCCCCUUCGACUCCUUCACGCUGCAGUACCGGGAUGCCCAGGGCCAGCCCCAGGCCCUGCCCAUCGAUGGUGGGUCCCGCUCGGUGAAGGUGCUGGGGCUGUCCCCCUCCUGCCGGUACCGCUUCCACCUCUAUGGCCUGCGGGGCGGGAAGAGGAUCGACCACGUCUCCAUUGACGUCACCACAGCUGCCACAGAUGAUCUGCCCCCACCCUUGGUGGAGCCCUCAGCUGAGGCCCCCUCAACUGAGACACCCCCAGCUGAGGACCACCAACCUGAGAGCACCCAAACUGAGGCUCCCCCAGCGCGGGCAGUGCUGGGGGAGCUGAAGGUCUCCAGUGUCACCCCCAGCUCUGUGGGGCUGCAGUGGAGCGUCCCCAAGGGCCCCUUUGACUCCUUCACGCUGCAGUACCGGGAUGCCCAGGGCCAGCCCCAGGCCCUGCCCAUCGAUGGCGGGUCCCGCUCGGUGACAGUGCCGGGGCUGUCCCCAUCCCGCCGGUACCGCUUCCACCUCUACGGGCUGCAGGGUGGGAAGAGGAUCGAUCGUGUCUCCACCGAUGUCGUCACAGCCACAGCUGAGCAAGAGAAGCCACCACCACCCCCAGAGGAGCCCCAACCUGAGCACACCCAAACUGUGCCUCCCCCAUCUGAGGCCUCACCGGCACAGGCGGUGCUGGGAGAGCUGAGGGUUUCCAGCGUCACCCCCAGCUCCGUGGGGCUGCAGUGGAGCAUCCCCGAGGGCCCCUUUGACUCCUUCAUGCUGCAGUACCGAGAUGCCCAGGGCCAGCCCCAGGCCCUGUCCAUCGAUGGCGGGUCCCGCUCGGUGACGGUGCUGGGGCUGUCCCCAUCCCGCCGGUACCGCUUCCACCUCUACGGGCUGCGCCACGGGAAGAGGAUCGAUCGUGUCUCCAUUGAUGUUGCCACAGGCACGGGUGAACCAGAGGAGCCACUUCCGCCCUCAGAGGAGCCCCAACCUGAGCACCCCCAAACUGAGCCUCCCCCAUAUGAGGCCCCCAUGGCACGGGCAGUACUGGGAGAGCUGAGGGUCUCCAGCAUCACCCCCAGCACCGUGGGGCUGCAGUGGAGCGUCCCCGAGGGCCCCUUUGAUUCCUUCACGCUGCAGUACCGGGAUGCCCAGGGCCAGCCCCAGGCCCUGCCCAUCGAUGGCGGGUCCCGCUCGGUGACGGUGCCGGGGCUGUCCCCAUCCCGCCGGUACCGCUUCCACCUCUAUGGCCUGCAGGGUGGGAAGAGGAUCGAUCGUGUCUCCACUGAUGUCACCACAGCCACAGUUGAGCAAGAGGAGAUGCUCCUGCCCUCAGAAGAGCCCCAACCUGAGCACCCCCAAACUGAGCCUCCCCCAUAUGAGGUCCCCCCAAAACGGGAAGUGCUGGGGGAGCUGAGAGUCUCCAGCGUCACCUCCAGCUCCGUGGGGCUGCAGUGGAGCGUCCCCAAGGGCCCCUUUGACUCCUUCAAGCUGCAGUACCGGGAUGCCCAGGGCCAGCCCCAGGCCCUGCCCAUCGAUGGCGGGUCCCGCUUGGUGACAGUGCCGGGGUUGUCCCCAUCCCACCGAUACCGCUUCCACCUCUACGGGCUGCAGGGUGGGAAGAAGAUCGACCACGUCUCCGUUGAUGUCAUCACAGCUGCAGCUGAGCCAGAGGAGUCACUCCCACCCUCAGAGGAACCUCAGCCUGAGCACUCCCAAACUGAGCCUCCCCCAUCUGAGGCCCCCCUGGUGCGGCCGGUGCUGGGGGAGCUGAGGGUCUCCAGCAUCACCCCCAGCACCGUGGGGCUGCAGUGGAGUGUCCCCAAGGGCCCCUUUGACUCCUUCAUGCUGCAGUACCGGGAUGCCCAGGGCCAGCCCCAGGCCCUGCCCAUCGAUGGCGGGUCCCGCUCGGUGACGGUGCUGGGGCUGUCCCCAUCCCGCCGAUACCGCUUCCACCUCUACGGGCUGCGGGGCGGGAAGAGGAUCGAUCGCGUCUCCAUUGACAUUACCACAGCCACAGCUGAGCCAGAGAAGCCGCUCCCGCCCCCAGAGGAGCUCCAACCUGAGCAUCCCCAAACUGAGCCUUCCCCAUCUGAGGCCCCCGCAGCGCGGGUGGUACUGGGGGAGCUGAGGGUCUCCAGCAUCACCCCCAGCACCGCGGGGCUGCAGUGGAGUGUCCCCAAGGGCCCCUUUGACUCCUUCAUGCUGCAGUACCGGGAUGCCCAGGGCCAGCCCCAGGCCCUGCCCAUCGAUGGCGGGUCCCGCUCGGUGACGGUGCCGGGGCUGUCCCCAUCCCGCCGGUACCGCUUCCACCUCUACGGGCUGCGGGGAGGGAAGAGGAUCGACCGUGUCUCCACUGAUGUCGUCACAGCUGCAGCCGAGCCAGAGGAGCCGCUCCUGUCCUCAGAGGAGCCCCAACCUGAGCACCCCCAAACUGAGCCUCCUCCAUCUGAGGCCCUACCAGCACAGGCAGUGCUGGGGGAACUGAGGGUCUCCAGCAUCACCCCCAGCACCGUGGGGCUGCAGUGGAGCGUCCCCGAGGGCCCCUUUGACUCCUUCACGCUGCAGUACCGGGAUGCCCAGGACCAGCCCCAGGCCCUGCCCAUCGAUGGCGGGUCCCGCUCGGUGACAGUGCCGGGGCUGUCCCCAUCCCACCGGUACCGCUUCCACCUCUAUGGCCUGCAGGGUGGGAAGAGGAUCGACCACGUCUCCACUGAGGCCACCACAGCCGAGCCAGAGGAGCCACUCCUGUCCUCAGAGGAGCCCCAACCUGAGCACCCCCAAACUGAGCCUCCUCCAUCUGAGGCCCUACCAGCACGGGCAGUGCUGGGGGAGCUGAGGGUUUCCAGCAUCACCCCCAGCUCCGUGGGGCUGCAGUGGAGUGUCCCCAAGGGCCCCUUUGACUCCUUCACGCUGCAGUACUGGGAUGCCCAGGGCCAGCCCCAGGCCCUACCCGUCGAUGGCGGGUCCCGCUCGGUGACAGUGCCGGGGCUGUCCCCAUCCCGCCGGUACCGCUUCCACCUCUAUGGCCUGCGGGGUGGGAAGAGGAUCGAUCACGUCUCCACUGAAACUAUCACAGGUGAGGGGGAAGCCUCACUCUCGGAGGCUCCCCCAACUGAGGACUCCCCAGCUGAGGACCACGAACAUGAACACCAACAAACUGAGGCCCCCCCAGCACGGGCAGUGCUGGGGGAGCUGAGGGUCUCCAGUGUCACCCCCAGCUCUGUGGGGCUGCAGUGGAGUGUCCCCGAGGGCCCCUUUGACUCCUUCACGCUGCAGUACCGGGAUGCCCAGGGCCAGCCCCAGGCCCUGCCCAUCGAUGGCGGGUCCCGCUCGGUGACGGUGCCGGGGCUGUCCCCAUCCCGCCGGUACCGCUUCCACCUCUAUGGCCUGCGGGGUGGGAAGAGGAUCGACCACGUCUCCACUGAGGCUGUCACAGCACCAACCUCACUCUCGGAGGCUCCCCCAACUGAGGACUCCCCAGCUGAGGACCAUGAACAUGAACAUGAACAAACUGAGGCCCCCCCAGCACAGGCAGUGCUGGGAGAGCUGAAGGUCUCCAGCAUCACCUCCAGCUCUGUGGGGCUGCAGUGGAGUGUCCCUGAGGGCCCCUUUGACUCCUUCACGCUGCAGUACCGGGAUGCCCAGGACCAGCCCCAGGCCCUGCCCAUCGAUGGCGGGUCCCGCUCGGUGACGGUGCCGGGGCUGUCCCCAUCCCGCCGGUACCGCUUCCACCUCUAUGGCCUUUGGGGUGGGAAGAGGAUCGACCGUGUCUCCACUGAGGCUGUCACAGCACCAGCCUCACCCUCAGAGGCUCCCCCAACUGAGGACUCGCCAGCUGAGGACCACGAACAUGAACACCAACAAACUGAGGCCCCCCCAGCACGGGCAGUGCUGGGGGAACUGAGGGUCUCCAGCAUCACCCCCAGCUCUGUGGGGCUGCAGUGGAGUGUCCCCGAGGGCCCCUUUGACUCCUUCACGCUGCAGUACCGGGAUGCCCAGGGCCAGCCCCAGGCCCUGCCCAUCGAUGGCGGGUCCCACUCGGUGACGGUGCCGGGGCUGUCCCCAUCCCGCCGGUACCGCUUCCACCUCUACGGGCUGCGGGGAGGGAAGAGGAUCGACCGUGUCUCCACUGAUGUCGUCACAGCCGAGCCAGAGGAGCCGCUCCUGUCCUCAGAGGAACCCCAACCUGAGCACCCCCAAACUGAGCCUCCCCCAUCUGAGGCCCUACCAGCACGGGCAGUGCUGGGGGAACUGAGGGUCUCCAGCAUCACCCCCAGCACCGUGGGGCUGCAGUGGAGCGUCCCCGAGGGCCCCUUUGACUCCUUCACGCUGCAGUACCGGGAUGCCCAAGGCCAGCCCCAGGCCCUACCCGUCGAUGGCAGGUCCCGCUCGGUGACAGUGCCGGGGCUGUCCCCAUCCCACCAGUACCGCUUCCACCUCUAUGGCCUGCGGGGCGGGAAGAGGAUCGAUCGUGUCUCCACUGAGGCUGUCACAGCACCAGCCUCACUCUCGGAGGCUCCCCCAACUGAGGACUCCCCAGCUGAGGACCACGAACAUGAACAUGAACAAACUGAGGCCCCCCCAGCACGGGCAGUGCUGGGAGAGCUGAGGGUCUCCAGCAUCACCUCCAGCUCUGUGGGGCUGCAGUGGAGUGUCCCCGAGGGCCCCUUUGACUCCUUCACGCUGCAGUACCGGGAUGCCCAGGGCCAGCCCCAGGCCCUGCCCAUCGAUGGCGGGUCCCACUCGGUGACGGUGCCGGGGCUGUCCCCAUCCCGCCGGUACCGCUUCCACCUCUACGGGCUGCGGGGAGGGAAGAGGAUCGACCGUGUCUCCACUGAUAUCGUCACAGCCAAGCCAGAGGAGCCGCUCCUGUCCUCAGAGGAGCCCCAACCUGAGCACCCCCAAACUGAGCCUCCCCCAUCUGAGGCCCUACCAGCACAGGCAGUGCUGGGGGAGCUGAGGGUCUCCACCAUCACCCCCAGCUCCGUGGGGCUGCAGUGGAGUGUCCCCAAGGGCCCCUUUGACUCCUUCACGCUGCAGUACCGGGAUGCCCAGGGCCAGCCCCAGGCCCUGCCCAUCCAUGGCGGGUCCCGCUCGGUGACAGUGCCGGGGCUGUCCCCAUCCCGCCGGUACCGCUUCCACCUCUAUGGCCUGCGGGGUGGGAAGAGGAUCGACCACGUCUCCACUGAGGCUGUCACAGCUGAGCCAGAGGAGCCGCUCCUGUCCUCAGAGGAGCCCCGACCUGAGCACCCCCAAACUGAACCUCCUCCACCUGAGGCCCCUCCGGCACGGGCAGUGCUGGGGGAGCUGAGGGUCUCCAGCAUCACCCCCAGCACCGUGGGGCUGCAGUGGAGUGUCCCCGAGGGCCCCUUUGACUCCUUCAUGCUGCAGUACCGGGAUGCCCAGGACCAGCCCCAGGCCCUGCCCAUCAAUGGCGGGUCCCGCUCGGUGACGGUGCUGGGGCUGUCCCCAUCCCGCCGAUACCGCUUCCACCUCUAUGGCCUGCGGGCUGGGAAGAGGAUCGAUCGUGUCUCCACUGAGGCUGUCAUAGCACCAGCCUUGCCCUCAGAGGCUCCCCCAACUGAGGACUCCCCAGCUGAGGACCACGAACAUGAACACCAACAAACUGAGGACCUCCCAGCACGGGCAGUGCUGGGGGAGCUGAGGGUCUCCAGCGUCACCCCCAGCUCUGUGGGGCUGCAGUGGAGCGUCCCCAAGGGCCCCUUUGACUCCUUCAUGCUGCAGUACCGGGAUGCCCAGGGCCAGCCCCAGGCCCUGCCCAUCCAUGGCGGGUCCCGCUCGGUGACGGUGCCGGGGCUGUCCCCAUCCCGCCGGUACCGCUUCCACCUCUACGGGCUGCAGGGUGGGAAGAGGAUCGACCACGUCUCCAAUGAGGCCAUCACAGCCAAGCCAGAGGAGCCGCUCCUGUCCUCAGAGGAGCCCCAACCUGAGCACCCCCAAACUGAGCCUCCCCCAUCUGAGGCCCUACCAGCACGGGCAGUGCUGGGGGAGCUGAGGGUCUCCAGCAUCACCCCCAGCUCUGUGGGGCUGCAAUGGAGUGUCCCCGAGGGCCCCUUUGACUCCUUCACGCUGCAGUACCGGGAUGCCCAGGGCCAGCCCCAGGCCCUGCCCAUCGAUGGCGGGUCCCGCUCGGUGAAGGUGAUGGGGCUGUCCCCAUCCCACCGGUACCGCUUCCACCUCUACGGGCUGCGGGGUGGGAAGAGGAUCGAUCGUGUCUCCACUGAUGUCGCCACAAGUGCCCCGGGGACCCUCUGGGUGGGCUCCGUGUGGCCCCGCAGUGCCCAACUGCACUGGGACCCCCCCCUCAUCCCCCCCGAUGGCUACGAGCUGGUGUAUGGCCCCCCCGGGGGGCCCCAGCAGACCCUGCAGUUGCCUCCUGAGGCCACGUCGCAGCAGCUGUGGGGGCUUGAGCCGGCGGGACAUUAUGGGGUGCAGCUGUGGGGCCGGGGAGGGGACGCCCAAACCGCUCCCCUCGAGGCCACCUUUGACACCCCCCCUCUCCCGCACCCCCACCCCCGGGACUGUGCCGAGGAGCAGCGGAAUGGGCCGGGCCCCUCGCGGGAGACCCUCGUGUUCCUCGGAGGGGACCCGGCCCGGCCCCUCAGGGUCUUCUGUGACAUGGAGACGGACGGCGGCGGCUGGCUGGUGUUCCAGCGCCGCCAGGACGGGGGCACCGAUUUCUGGCGGGGGUGGGAGUCGUACGCCCGCGGCUUCGGCAACAUCAGUGGCGAGUUCUGGCUCGGGAACGAAGCGCUGCACGCGCUGACGGCCGGGACCCCCACGGAGCUGCGCGUGGACCUGCGGACCCCUCGCGACUCCGCCUUCGCGCACUAUCGCGACUUCGCCGUCGGCGGCGCCGAGGAGCGAUAUCGGCUCCGAGUCGGGACCUUCAGCGGCACCGCCGGGGACGCCCUCUCCUACCACUCGGGCAGCCCCUUCUCGACACGGGACCGGGACCCCCGGGACCCUCGGGGCCCCCGAGAGCCCCCGGGGCACCCCCGGCCUCCCCACUGUGCUGUGGCCUAUGGAGGGGCCUGGUGGUACCGGAACUGCCACUAUGCCAACCUGAACGGGCGCUACGGGGCCACCCGGGACCACCAGGGUAUCCACUGGUUCCCCUGGAAAGGCUUCAACGUCUCCAUCCCCUUCACCGAGAUGAAGCUGCGGCCGCAACGUGACUGAGGGGGCUGGGGCAGCCCCCUGUGUGUGGGGGGAGUUUAGGGGGGCAAGGGGGCCUCCCUGGGUGCUGGGGGGCCCCAGGUGGGACUUGGGGAGAGGGUGGGGGGUCGAC